UAUUGAAUUGGCGAGUUGAACGACUUGAAUUCAGGCUAGUCCCUUACGAUACGCCGGCCGCCGCUCACUCUGUAUCACCAACUUUUGAUUGCAGUUUGUGAAAGAAGUAUAUUCUUCAAAAUGUCGAUGUUAAGGAACAUUCUUAGGUUAUCUGGUUCCGUAAAAGUGUGUAGAAGCACGUUCAGAGUUUCACAGUCGCUUAGAUACUAUGCAGAAGACGCAGCAAAGCCGGCGGCGGCGACGCAAAUGUCAUUUUCAUUCGGCAUGCCGGGACAGAUGUUUUACAACAAUGCUGACGUGAAGCAGGUCGAUGUACCCUCAGGAACCGGCACCUUUGGCAUUCUGGCCCAACAUGUCCCCUCCCUGGCUGUCUUGAAGCCUGGUGUGAUCAGUGUACACGAACACGAUGGCACCAUCAGCAAAUAUUUUGCAAGUAGCGGUUCCGUGACGGUAAACGCCGAUUCAUCUGUGCAGAUCCUAGCAGAGAUGGCCGUACCCGUGGACCAUCUAGACCCGGCAGCCGUCAAAGAAGGCUUGUCCAAAGCCCAGCAAGAGCUCGCAGCUGCCAGCACUGACCUCGCGAGGGCAGAAGCUCAGAUAGCUAUUGAGGCACAUGAGGCCAUGGAUCAAGCCAUUGCAGGCAAAUAGAGCCUUGCAUUCUGUCUUCUAGCGUAUAGGAUUGUGUUUUGUUGGCUGGAUUUUACAAUGGAAGGACUUAGAUAUGGGUGGAAGUCGGCAAGCUGUUUUCCCUGCUCGAGAGUGACAGACAUCCCUGAGUUGACUUAGAGCCAGAGCAAUGUGUCAGAUGAGAAAUGGCAGAUUUUUGUUUGAGUUCAAAUUAACACCACUUCGUCACCGUUACUGUUAUUUAUUUUAACAGAUCAGUCCCAGCCUAAUCAAUUCCCCAUGAAAAGCAGAUUCACUCUUUAUCAAUUUCUGCACCUUUUAGGUUCCAUCUUUUGGUGUUAGAAAACUUCAUGUUGAACAUUUUCACACUGGAUAAGGAUCAAUAAAGAUGGUAACUUCCCCUUCCGUGGCCAAAUAGUGACUGGUCAGAAGCGUAGGAUACAUCGCCAUUCAUGCAUUGAAGAAAAAAAUGUCAGAAUUGCGGAUUUAAUUAAAUCUUGCUUUAAUCUGCAGAAAUCCGUGUUUUUUUUUCUUCCUCUGUCCACUGUUACUGAGAUAGGCAUGUGAUUUUUCAGUGUGAAAAUAGAUUUUACGACAAAUAAAAUACCUGUUGAAAUACA